AUGUCUCGUCUGGCCCCCUACUAUGAACAGCACAGAAAAACCACCGGCCCCGGGGACUCCCGCCCCACGGCCAUUCGGAUCAUUGAAGACCAAGGCCUCGUCGGGAAGUGGGCCGGCAAGGUAGUCAUCGUCACGGGCUGCUCCCCUGGCGGCCUCGGCCCCGAGACCGCCAGGGCCCUCCACGUCGCCGGCGCCGACGUCUACAUCACCGCCCGCGACGCCGCCAAGGGCGACCGAGUUGCCAAAGACAUCCUCUCCGACGGCAAGCCCGGAAAGGUCCAAGUCAUCGAGCUGGAUCUCGGCUCCCUGGAAAGCGUCAGACGGGGCGCAAACGACUUCCUGAGCAAGUCCGACAAGCUGAAUGUGCUCAUAAACAACGCCGGUGUCAUGGCCUGCCCCCAGGGAAAGACCGUCGACGGGCUCGAAACCCAGUUCGGGACCAAUCACCUCGGCCACUUCCUUCUCUUCCAGCUCCUGAAGCCGGCGCUCUUGGCCUCCUCGACCCCCGAAUUCAACUCCCGCGUCGUCUCCGUCUCAUCUCUGGGCCACCGCCAGGGCCGGAUCCAAUUCGAGGACUUCAACUUCGAGGGCGCCGUCGAGUACCACCCCUGGGCGGCCUACUCCCAGUCCAAGCUCGCCAACAUCCUGUUCGCCAACGAGCUCGACCGCCGCUACGGCCCAUUGGGCCUUCACGCCCUGAGCCUCCACCCGGGCGGCAUCAUGACGGAGCUUCAGAGACACCCGGCCGGGCGCAUGGACGAGAUUAUUGAGGAUCCCGAGAUCGCCCGGGUGAUGAAGACGCCCGAGCAGGGCGCCGCGACCUCCGUCUGGGCCGCCGUCGCCGCCGAGCUGGAGGGCAAGGGUGGCAAGUACCUCGAAGACGUCGCCGAGGCCGAGGAGGCCACGCCCGAGGGCUUUAUAGCCCGCCCUGGCUACGCGCCUUCCGCCUACGACCCCCCGACCGAGAAGAGGCUGUGGGCCGAGAGCCUGAAGCUGGUCGGGCUCGAGGACGAUGCGUGA